AGAAGAAAAGAAAAGAGGGGAAGUUUCGAUCGAAUCGAAAAAUUUAAAAGAUUGGAACGCUCGGAACGUCGAAAACCCUAGCUGUGGUCCUCUUUCCCGCGAUCCCAUUUCUAGGGCUUUGAGAUCUCGCCGCGGCAUCGCCAGCGCGGAAGAGAGCAUCCAGGGCUUAAAAAUCGAUUCUUGUAGUUAUCUUGAGAAGUUGCUACUGUCGCCGCGGAGCGUCGAGGGAGAUAUCUUUGUGGAGCUCAAGGAAAGGGUGCUUGUUACGCUUUGAGUUGGGAUGAAUAGCGUUUUCAGCGAGCAGAUACUUGCGGAUAAGCUCUCCAAGCUCAAUAGCACUCAGCAAUGCAUCGAGACUUUGUCGCAUUGGUGUAUUUUUCACCGAAAGAAUGCGGAACAGGUUGUUAAAACAUGGGAUAAACAAUUCCAUAGUUCCGAAAAGGAGCGGAAGAUUCCCUAUUUAUAUCUUGCCAAUGACAUAUUACAGAAUAGCAAGCGUAAUGGUACAGAAUUCGUGGGUGAAUUUUGGAAGGUUCUUCCAGCUGCACUUAAGGAUGUCGUUGAUAAUGGUGAUGAUCACGGCAAAAAUGUAGUAUCUCGAUUGGUCAACAUAUGGGAAGAGAGAAGAGUUUUUGGUUCACGUGCUCGGGGCCUUAAUGAUUUGAUGCUUGGAAAUGAACCAUUACCUACAUUGGAAUUGAACAAGAAACGCUCACGUAGUUCUGUGAAAAUUGUUAGAAAAGAUUCACGUUCUAUAAGAACUAAACUGUCUAUUGGAGGAACACCGGAGAAAAUAGUAUCUGCAUUCCACACUGUUCAAAAUGAACACACCAAUGAGGCCGUGGACUUAGACAAAUGCAAGGCCGCUGUCCGCCGUGUUGAGAAGAUGGCGAAAGACGUUGACACUGCCUGUAGUCAAGUUGGGGACCCUCGCAGGGAGACGUUGGCAAAUGAGUUACAGGAAGAGGAGGCUGUUUUGAAACAGUGCUUAGAAAAGCUUAAAGUAGUUGAAGCAAAUAGAGCUUCCCUUGUUUCUCAGUUGAAGGAAGCGUUACAUGAACAGGAAUCUGAACUGGAGAAGGUUCGGACUCAAUUACAGCUGGCUCAGGGAAUGAUAGGUGAAACCGCUAACAUGCGAAGGCGGCUCAACAAUGAACCAACAGUGACUUCGACAAAGACGCCCUCUUCAUCUGAAGCAGCCAAACAACAUGCAAACGGGCCCUCAUCGGUGGAUCGGCCAUCUAAGAAGAAGGCAGCUUUGGCUACCGCUGCUGAGGUUGCUGACCGUCUUGCAGCGUCCAUGCACUCCCAGCAGAUCAUGACGUCAGUCCUCUCCUCCUUUGCCGCUGAGGAAGCCAAGAAUGCUAGCCUGGCUCCUUCCACCAAUUCAUCUAACUCGGUCCCCGAUGCCCCUUCAGAAAGCAAAACAAAAAUACAAGAAAAGACCUUACAACUUUCAAAUUCUGCCUCCACUUCCUUUGUUCCUGUCCAGCCGGUGGUUGUUUCUUCGACCCUACAUCAGCCACAAAGUCAGUUCAAUCUCUUCCCAUCUCCAGCACAGCAGUUUAUGCAGCAACCAGGAGGGGUUUUAAUCGGCAUGCCGUACACUUACAAUACCUUAACUCUGCCGCCACCGCCGCCUCCUCUGCCGCCUCCCGGGAUGAUGGGCCUUGCAAGGCCUGCAACAUUAAUUCAGCAGCCGCCGGUGCCGCCACCACCACCCCAGCCACUGGGGGUGAAUCAGCAACAGAUGCCGGUCACUCAGCAGCUAAUGCCAAUGAACCAACAUGGGCCACAGUUCAGUGCUCUUCAGCAGCCUGCUAUGCCCAGUUUUAGGCCGCUGCAACCGCCCGGCAUGGGAUUCUACCAUCCUCAGAUACAAUGAUAAAGUGAUGGUUUUCUUCUCUUCUGUUGUGCUCUGUAGUUUUGAUUUGUUAAAAGCGAUCUGUUGUAAUCUGGAAGUAUACUGGAUUUGGGAAUCCUUUUGAAUUAUAUGCAGGAUUAGCUCAAUGGAAAGACCGAAGAACGCCCUGAUACCGAAGGAAAAGGUGUUACAGAAGCAUAUUCAGCUUCAAAACUGAAUCAGAAUUCUUCAUCA